UGUUUAAAACAGCCUCAGCUCUCUCACUCAGAGCACUGCAAGACACAGAGACAGACACACACGUUGCCUCUCUCUUUCACACAAGCGCUCACACACAUGCUCACGUACGGAGACGGCAACUUUCCUCUAUCGGACUGACACAACACACGGGAGUGACAGAUCAGGACUGACAAGGACUGACUGACAGAUCAGGAAAAGCAAGAAAUAAAGAGGAGGUUCCCAGGCGAAGAGGAGCGUUCUGCUGACAAUUCAUCCUCUCCAAGAUGGCAAACCUUGUGACAUCGCUGUGCUGUGUAGUUCUGGCCGCAGUGGUGGUAGCCUACGCGCAGAGACGCAGUCAGCUUGUUGCCAGGAACCAAUAUGAGCGAAUGGGCAGUGAUGUCACCAUGCGCUGCGGCUCUCUGGAAAACGACGCGUCGGUGUCAUGGAAGGUGAACGGGACAGACGUGAAGGCCCAGCACCGUCUGGAGGGCCCCAGACUGAUACUGACCCAAGUGGACCUGGGCCACAAUGGACUCUACAGCUGCUUUCAGAACCCAAACGGAGAGAGACGUGACACCAUCAACCUCCGCAUUGGCAUUUCCCCUCGGGAGCCGUUGAUCACCUGUAGAUCCAACACGUAUCCCAAAGGCUUCUACUGCAGUUGGCACCAGCAGCACUCCACAUACAUCCCCACCACUUUUGAAGUGGAUGUCCAACAUAACCAGCGCUCACUGGAGGUGCAGAAAGAUUCCUUCCAUAAGAAUCGCUGCCACGUACGUUUUCCAGAGGUCUUCUCCAGCUUCCCGUACAAAGUCAACGUGACAGCAAUCAACGCUUUGGGAAAAGCCUCAAACACCUUAUCUUUUGAAGAGUCCAGCAUAGUCAAACCAGACCCCCCUGAGCGAGUGACAGCGACCCCGAUUCGUUACAACGCUCGCAGGUUGGAGGUAUCCUGGCAAAGUCCUGCCACCUGGCCCGACAUCGACAACUUCCCUCUGAAAUACUUCCUACGAUACCGGCCUCUCAUCAAGGAGCAGUGGCAGCAUGUGGAGCUAUCUGACAGCACGUCCCACAACAUCACCGACGCCUACGCUGGGAAGGAAUACAUCAUCCAGGUUGCCGCCAAAGACACAGAGAUCGGAACAUGGAGCGACUGGAGCGUCGCCGUGCAUGCGACACCCUGGAUUGAGGAGCCAGUGCAGACCACCUCCACGACCGAUAUGGAGUAUCUCACACAGACUAAGACCUCGCCCAUACCGUCGUCCAACGCGCCACAGAAGGCCGAACCUCCGGUGGGGAGGGCUGGCAGGCUGCUCACCUUCUUCUCACCUCUGCUGCUGGGGAUGCUGCUGCUGUUCAUGUAAUGCAACCGUCUUGUUGCCAGAAGGAGAGGAAGAUGAGGAGGAGGAGGAGGAGGAGGAGGAGGCUGGAUCUUUGUUAUUCUCUUUUGCACAUGUUCCCAGGAUACAGUGCAUUGAUCAUUUCUGUUCAUCACACACUUCCUCCCCAAGAUG